CCAGGACACCCCCCGAACGGCUCGGAGGCUCGCCCCAACCAUGUCCUUCGCCAUGCUGCGCUCGGCGCCCAGCCGCUACCUGUACCCCGAGAUCAGCAUGCUGUCCGAGGACGAGGAGAACGGCAGCGAGAGCUCGGGCUCGGACGAGAAGCCCUUCCACCUGGACGCCGAGGGCUACGCGCUGAAGGCGGGCAAGAGGCGCGGGGCCAAGAAGGCGGCGGCGGCGGCGGCGGCGAGGCUGUCGCGGGAGCCCCGGCAGCGGCACACGGCGAACGCGCGGGAGCGCGACCGCACCAACAGCGUCAACACCGCCUUCACCGCGCUGCGCACCCUCAUCCCCACCGAGCCGGCCGACAGGAAGCUCUCCAAGAUCGAGACCCUGCGCCUGGCCUCCAGCUACAUCUCCCACCUGGGCAACGUGCUGCUGGUGGGCGAGGCGUGCGGCGACGGGCAGCCGUGCCACACCACGCCCGCCUUCUUCCCGCACGCCGGAGGAGGUGGAGGAGGAGGUGGUGGCAGCCCCCCGGCGCGGGACCCCGACAGCUCCCAGCCCAAACAGAUCUGCACUUUCUGCCUCAGCAACCAGAGGAAGCUGAGCAAAGACCGCGACAGGAAGACGGCGAUCCGGAGCUAAAGCAUCGUCCCGGCGGGAAGGGCCGAGGAGCGGCGGGACGAGGGACAGGGAACAACCACCACACACUCGGACCCGCGGCCACCGGAGCUCCCGCCCGCUCCUCCCCCGCGAAAAGGACUCAUCCCGGGGCUCCCCGGACACGGCCCCCGGCCCCCAGGGCGGCCACGGACAGGAGGUGGACACGCACACGCGGGGCCGGCAGGACUCGGAGGGCCACGCCGGGGACAGCGCCGGACACGCGCGGACACUCCACGACGGCGCAGGGAAUUCUGCCCGGAGAGCCAAAGGGACAUGGGACUGCUGCCCGGAGAGACAGGGACACGGGAGCUGGUGCUUGGAAAGACAGAGGGACGUGGGAUUUGCUGCCUGGAGAGCCAGAGGGACACGGGAGCUGGUGCCUGGAGAGCCAGAGGGACACGGGACCUGCUCUGGGGUCCCAGCCCAUCCCAGGAACACACGGGUGACCCCCCCCCCCGGGAUGUCCCACUGUCCCCGUCCCCUUCCAGCUUCGAGCCACUCGAUCCCUGCCCUGGGAGUCCCGGGGGCUGCGUUGGUUGGGGUCAGUCAAUACAUGCUGGUGUUUCAUGGCAUGGAGGUGACAACAGAAAGCCGGAGCAAUUCGUGUAAUUAAAAAUUAA